UUAAAAGAAAAUAAUUAACUUGAGAAGAAAGUAUGGAAUGUGUUAAAGAGUCUUGCAGUGACUCCACUUGGAUCUCUCUUACUUACUCCAUUAUCUCCCUCUUCUCUCUCAUCUCAUUAAAAUAGGAAUAGAAAUGGAGAGCUCAACAUCUUUAGCCAUCGUUCUUCAUCAGUCUUCCAAUCAUGACGAACUUUCCAUGCAGCAGACUCUUCAAUUCUCACAAACUCUCAAGGAUUUAAAGAACUUGCGGAAACAGUUAUACUCAGCUGCUGAGUACUUCGAAACAUCUUAUGGCAAAGAAGAACACAAAGAAACGGUGAUAGAGACGUUGAAAGAAUAUGCAGCCAAGGCAGUAGUGAACACAGUUGACCAUCUCGGUUCUGUCUCUGAUAAAUUCAACUCUUUUCUCUCUGAUAACUCAGCCCAUUUUUCCACCACUCGUCUUCGUUUAUCUUCUCUCGAACAAAGGAUGAAACUAUGCAGAGAGUACAUGGGAAAGAGUGGGAGUUCUCAGCAUCGCUUUCAAGUUCAAUCUCCUCACCAUCAUAACCGUUAUUUCUUCCCUCAAGAACAUGGAAGAGGCACAAGUUUCGCUGCAGGAGAUGACUCACAUCGGUUCAAGAGUGCUGUUCGAUCAACAAUACUAGAAAACCACCCAAAUACUGCAAGGAAAACCAGCAAGACAGGAAGCUUCUCCUUUUUGCACAACAACAUCAGCAACAUAACACCAAGUAAAAUAACAAAGUCUCCUAUGAGAUUUCCUCUCAUGCGUUCAGGAUCUCUACUAAAACGUUCAAGCUCCCCAAGUCAGCCAAGACUACUGGCGUUACCGGAACCACAAAGAGCGAUAUCUAUGUCGACAAGUAGAGAGAUAGUGGAGAUAAAGCAAAAAUCUACAUUGAGAAAGGGGAAGAAGAGUCUGAUGCUGAAGGCAUUGAUGAGUAUGAGCAGCAAGUCCAGAAACUAAAUAAAUCUUGUAUUUUUACGUUAAUAUGUACAAAAUUAAUAUGUGAAAUAUGAAGAGAGAAGAAAUAGUGCUCACCCACCAUCGGUCUUUAGUGGAAAAUGGUGUGAUCAAGAGCUCUAUAUUCACUUCUUUCUACGCACUCUCCAGCUUUGACUUUAGACUAUAGAGUCAAUCAUUACUUUUUUGUAAUUGUCUGUGCACUUCACUGCAUCAAAUUUGUUUUAUCCUU